UGUUGCAACAACAUGCAGCUACUUUAACAGAAGAAGGACCGAAAUGGAUUGAUGUUCUCAAGGGUUUCAAGAUUUGCACUCAGUAAGUGAAAAGAAGAAAAAGCAAAACAUACGAUACUCAAUGAGCAUGUCAAAUUGUCACCCGUAGCGGUGAUCAUCAUCGCAAGAUGGUCAAAAGUGUCAUGGUCGCCUACGCCCUGUGGGCAGUGGGUGGUCUUUUCGGCCUUCACCAUUUCUAUUUAGGAAGGGACAGCCAGACUCUGUUAUGGAUCCUCACCCUGGGAGGGUUCGGAAUAGGCUGGAUCAGAGACUUGAUAUGUAUUCCAACAUAUGUCACUGAAGCCAAUGCAGAGACGAUGAAGAGAAAAGCCUCCAACAUGCUCCAUCCACCAGUGAACCCAGUUCGAUUUGCUGGCCAGGUAUGUGUUGGGGUCUACUUUGGCACUGUGGCACUGAUUGGCCUGAGCUUCCUCAGGUUCUUCGACUUGAUCGUUCUGCCUUUAUGUGUGGCUGCCGGGGUGCACCUGGUGUCCACUGUUGGCCAACAGACCUCUCAUCUUCCCAAAACGAUCAUAGCUAGUCUUAUAACAUCCCCAAUAUUCUAUGGCAGCACUUUAUCCCCUCUGCCCAUUAGCCUGGCAGCCAGUGUCACUGCUACACAGCAUCGCAAGUACAAGAAGCCACCAGCAGCAGGGAGCACACGAGAACUCGGCCCACGGCUUUGCAGGCUGAGUCUGGCUUGGCUGGCCUUUUCUGCUCCAUUGGCGUACUGUGUUUUCCAUAAUACCACCGCCACAUUGUAUUACCUGUCUGACUGUGUGGCAGCACUGUUGGAUAUGUUUUGGUUCCUCCCUUGGCUUCGAAGUGUACUGGAGUACAUUCUUUUAAUGCCAUAUCGCUUCAUGUGUGUCUUGACUGGAGGCGGCUAUUAUGAAGAAGCCUGGACAAAGAUGCUGGAAAUACUACUGAAAGACUACAAUGAGCAGGAAAAAGAGGCACUGAAGGUUUUAUCGCUGGGAGGUCAGGCCUCUCUUGAAGAGAUAACUCGUGGGUAUAGGGAGCUUGCCAAGACAUGGCACCCAGACCACAACCCCAGCAAGGAUUCUGAGGCCAUGUUUGUCAAGAUCCAUGAGGCCUAUGAGGUUCUUCUACGGCGUCACAGGCCCAGGCGCUUCACAUAGUUCCCGAGAAUGAGUUGGCACAGGCAUACCCUACUGUAAUUUUCAUGAUCAGCGG